AUGAAUCUAAAAAGUGUCCAUCUACUUUUUGUCCUCGUCGUUCUUCUUGGAUUCCAGCAGGUCAUCUUAACAACUCUUUCAAUAUCCGAUGACCAUCGGCAGUGCGGAUUUUUAAAUGAGGAGGAAGACCUCUGUGCGUCCUAUUGUUACAAUCCCUUAAAGCUUGCUCUUGGUUAUAUCGUAGAGCUAAAGGAAAAGAACAAGGAGCUCGAACAAUCUCAUUCGGACAAGUAUAAUGAUCGACUAAGUGGAGCAUCUCAAAAGGAGAUAGACACUUUGAAGAAGGAAAUACAGCAACUAAAAGAAAAUCUAGAACAUUUAAACAAUUUUCAACGUCAAGCAGCAAAAGAUAAAGACGAAAGCAUCGCUGAGCAAAAUAUUUUAAAAAGUAAAAUUGAACGAAUAUUGACAGAUAAGAAAGAUGAAAAAGAUGAGAAAGAGAUGCAGAGGGCUAAAGAUGACAAAAUUCAGAUAGAAACGAAAUUAAAAUUAGAAACUGAAAAUGUGCGCCUAAAAGUUCAUCUAGAUGAAGAGACAAAGAAACUUGAGUCGCAAAAAAAGCAAUUAGAAGAUUAUCAGGCUAAAGAAAUGGAAUAUAGCAAAGAAAUUAAUGAAUUAAAUUCAAAAGUAUUAUCUUUAGAGAAGGUAUUCAGGGAUAGAUUUUCAAAAAAUGGUUGCAAAGGACUGUCAUCAGGAAUUCAUAAAAUUGAUAUACCAGGAGUCGAUCUAAUUUCUGCUGUCUGUGAGGGAAAUAUAGAAGGUGGUGGAUGGAUAGUGAUUCAUAAACGAUUUGAUGGAAGCGUAAACUUUCGUAGAAAUUGGUCUGAGUAUCGUAAUGGUUUCGGCCACAUGGACGGGGAAUUUUUCAUUGGGCUGGAAAAUUUGCAUCGCAUCACAAAUUCCAAAACCUAUGAACUUUACGUGCAACUAGGAUAUUACGAUGGAAGAAUACUAUUUGCCAGUUAUGACAAUUUUAAAAUUGGUGAUGAAGGUAAAAAUUAUAGGUUAGAUUCGUUGGGAAAGUUUAGAGGAACAGCUCCAAAUAAAAUGGACUACAAUGUACACAACCCAUUUUCAACUAUUGACCGUGAGAACGCUCGCCUGCCUCAUUGUGCUUCCUAUUUGAGUGGCUGGUGGCACAAUGCUUGUAGCAACGCCGCGCUCAAUGGAAAAUAUGAAAGAAAGACAGGCUGCGAUUAUGAUGUUAUGAGCUGGUCGUGCGUAUCUCUCAAAUCUGCCCAGAUGCUCAUCCGACCAAAAUAGAUCCGACCAUCUAGAAUUUAACUCGAAUCCGGCUGGAAUAUGCAAUAUCAACAAAAUUAUAUAUUUUAAAUUCAAUAAAAGAAAAAGUUACUUUUCUGGUCAGAGACCUUUCUUGCGGAGCAAA